AUUCUUUUAGUAGUUCGAAUGUUCUGUCUAAGCCUUUGUCUUCUUGUUGUAGGUCAUGCAUCAGCUCUAUUACUUUAGAGAGGGGAUGAGUGUUGAGUUCCAGGCUGCCGGCCAUGAAGAAAUGGAUGUGUUGAACUAUUAGUUGUUGGAAAAGAAAGACAAGUGUCUUGCCAAAGUGAAGGAGAUUCGUGAUCUCAAGCAGAUGAUCAAAACUCAUUAUAACACUGAAAUCAUGGCGGUUAUGGAGGCGCCAUGUUAAGGCGGGAGAAGGAAGAUUUGGAAGAGGAGAUUGCCGGUCUAAAAUCGGUAGCUGAAACGUUUUUCAAUAAGAUGGUUAUGGCGGUUAAUGGUGUCAACGAUAUUAUAGAACUUUUAAAAUUUUGAUUAAGUGUUUUAGUAGGCACUGAGUAGGGCUGGGCAUCAUUACUCGAUACUCGCCUUAUACUCGUGACUUGACCCGUAUUCGCCUUGAAAAACCGAGUACUUGCCGUUAGCAAGAGAAGUAAUAAGUCAAAAAAAUUUACUACUUGCAAGGACAAGGCAAGUAUCAAAUAUCGUUUUAUUUUUUGGUACUUGCCUCGUUACUCGUUACUUAUUACUCGUUCUAUAAAAUACUUGUUACUUGCAAAAAAAUUUUGGAACAUUGAAAUAAAAUGGAGGAACAAAAUAGAAGAACAUUGAGUUUGAUAUGGUCUUUCAAUAUUUUGAACGCUUAUUUUCAUUUUUGUCUAUUUAUUUGAAAAUUUGUGUAACUUUUGGAAAUUAAAAAUUUAGAAUAUGUAUUUUUUUUUGUAUGUAAUCAAGAGACAAUUACUUGGUUUAGCAAGUAACAAGGCAAGGCAAAUUACUUGCAAGUAUCAAUUUUUUUCCAAGUACUUGUUAAAACAAAUACUUGUUUCAAGCAAGUCAAAUAUCAAGUCGUAAAAAAAAUUACUCGGACAAGACAAGUCAAAUAGCAAGUAACCAAGAAUUGGCAAGUACUUACCUUGCCUUGUGCCCACCCCUAGCACUGAGUCCCUUUUGUUUACAAUUUACUAAUUUAAUGUUUUUUAACACUGACUAUAUUAUAGCAAUCGCUCAUGGAAGGCUGUGAGCGAUGUCUAUCCGAGAAGAAAAAAACUCAAGCAAAAAAAAAUAUGUCGAGACAAGAGCGAGGUUCUUGGACAGGUGAUCGUGCACUCUUUAGUAUCAGAUUCAGUGAUAUUUCAACUCUUCUUUUGUGAUAAAAACAAGAAAUUAAAGUAAAGCUUCGGAGGUAUAAAGUUGGCUACAUACACCUCUACAUUAUUCUCCAUAAUAAGUUAGUGGGUAUAAUCAUAAAGCUUCUUUAUCUAAAGGAAACAUAUCUAUUCUCCCUUUCUUCAAUUAUAUUUAUUUAAAAAUCUAUCUUUUUCGUAAAAUCCAUCUAUCUGAUUCUGAUCGUAUACAGAAAAACUUGAACCCGUCUUUCGUUUUUAUAAGGUCGCAUUAAUUUCAGUCCUUCAACUCGUAAGCUCUUUUUAUUUCCCCUCAUUUAUCCUCCCAGACCCAAAAGUUCUCUCUUUCUUGCGUCCUAAGUUUGCUCCUGCUGCUUACUUUAGAGCUUUUCCUGAAAUGCUUUUCAGACUUUUCCCAGUUUUUGUUCUUCUCAUAUUUUGCUUCAACAGCAACCAAUCAUGGGGCUUGAUGACUUCCAACCAACAAUCACAAUUCUUCAAGCUUAUGAAAAACUCUCUUUCCAGCGAUGCUUUGUCCUCUUGGAAUCUUUCUGACGCCGUGACUUCUUACUACUGUAACUUCACGGGCGUAAGGUGCGACGGUCAAGGACUUGUCACCGAUCUUGAUCUUUCCGGUUUGUCACUCUCCGGGAUUUUUCCUGAUGGGAUUUGCUCUUUCCUCCCAAACCUUCGUGUUCUUCGUCUCUCUCGCAACCAUCUGAAUAGAAGCAGCAGCUUCCUCAACGACAUCCCUGACUGUUCUCUUCUUCAGGAGCUGAACAUGAGCUCUCUCUAUCUCACAGCCACACUCCCUGAUUUCUCACCGAUGAAAUCUCUGAGAGUCAUCGACAUGUCUUGGAACCACUUCACCGGUAGCUUCCCACUCUCGAUAUUCAAUCUCACCGAUUUACAGUAUCUCAAUUUCAACGAGAACCCUGAGUUCGAUCUCUGGACUCUACCGUAUUAUGUGUCCAAACUCACGAAGCUCACACACAUGCUCCUGAUGACGUGUAUGCUCCACGGUAACAUCCCAAGAUCCAUUGGGGAUAUGACUUCCCUUGUUGAUCUCGAACUAAGUGGAAAUUUCCUCUCCGGCGAGAUUCCAAAAGAAAUCGGGAAUCUUUCCAACCUGAGGCAGCUUGAGUUGUACUAUAACUAUCACUUAACCGGCAGUAUACCUGACGAAAUCGGUAAUCUCAAAAAUCUCACGGACUUGGAUAUUUCCGUCAGCAAGUUAACCGGAAGAAUACCGGAAUCAAUAUGCAGUCUUCCAAAACUCCGAGUGCUUCAGCUUUACAACAACAGCUUAACCGGUGAGAUUCCCAAGUCGCUUGGUAACUCAAGAACCUUAAAGAUCUUGUCUCUCUACGACAACUACUUGACCGGUGAGCUCCCGCCAAAUCUCGGGUCUUCCUCGCCUAUGAUCGCUCUUGAUGUUUCGGAAAAUCGCCUCUCUGGUCCACUUCCGAGCCAAGUUUGCAAAUCCGGUAAGCUUUUGUACUUUCUUGUACUACAAAACCGGUUCUCUGGCUCGAUCCCUGCGACUUAUGGGAGGUGCAAGACUCUUAUCCGGUUCCGUGUUGCGAGCAACCGCCUCGUGGGAACUAUACCCCAAGAAGUCACGUCUCUACCUCAUGUCUCCAUCAUCGACUUGGCUUACAACUUCUUAUCGGGUCCAAUACCUAAUUCCAUCGGAAACGCUUGGAAUUUGUCAGAGCUGUUUAUGCAGGGUAAUAAAAUCUCCGGUGUUAUACCUUCCGAAAUAUCCCAUGCCACAAAUCUUGUGAAGCUUGAUCUCAGCAACAAUCAACUGACUGGUCCAAUACCUUCAGAGAUUGGAAGACUCCGACGACUAAACUUGCUUGUUCUGCAAGGAAACCACCUUGAUUCAUCAAUCCCUGAGUCGUUCUCGAAUCUGAAAUCACUCAACGUCCUUGAUCUCUCAAGUAAUCAUCUCACCGGAAGAAUCCCUGAAGACCUUUCCGAGUUGCUCCCAACCUCAAUCAAUUUUUCGAGCAACCAACUAUCUGGUCCCAUCCCUGCCUCGCUGAUAAGAGGAGGUCUUGUGGAAAGCUUUUCAGAUAACCCUAAUCUCUGUGUUCCACCUAACUCCGGUUCCUCGGAUUUGAAUUUUAAAAUGUGUCAAGUGGCUCCAAGUAAGAAGAAGUUGAGCUCGGUCUGGGCAGUUCUUGUCUCAGUCUUCAUUCUCCUCCUCGGAGGCAUCAUGGUUUACUUGAGACAACGGAUGAGUAAAAAUAGACCAGUGAUAGAACAAGACGAGACCUUAGCAUCUUCUUUCUUCUCCUACGACGUCAAGAGUUUCCACCGCAUAAAUUUCGACCAAAGAGAGAUUCUCGAAGCUCUUGUGGACAAGAACAUCGUGGGUCACGGUGGUUCGGGUACUGUCUAUAGGGUACAGCUUAAAUCCGGAGAAGUAGUUGCGGUGAAGAAACUAUGGAGCCAAAGCAGCAAAGACUCAGCUUCAGAAGACACAUUGCAUUUGAACAAGGAGUUGAAAACCGAAGUUGAGACGCUCGGGAGCAUUCGCCAUAAGAACAUCGUCAAGCUCUUCAGCUAUUUCUCAAGUUUGGAUUGUAGUCUUUUGGUGUAUGAGUACAUGCCAAAUGGUAACUUAUGGGACGCUCUUCACAAAGGCUUUGUUCAUCUAGAAUGGUCUACUCGUCAUAAGAUCGCAGUUGGUGUCGCUCAGGGAUUGGCUUAUCUUCACCAUGACCUCUCGCCGCCAAUCAUUCAUCGCGACAUCAAAUCCACAAACAUCUUAUUAGAUGUAAACUAUCAGCCUAAAGUCGCAGACUUUGGCAUUGCAAAGGUGUUGCAGGCUAGAGGAAAAGAUUCAACCACAACCGUUAUCGCUGGCACUUACGGUUACUUGGCCCCAGAAUAUGCGUACUCCUCCAAAGCAACGACCAAAUGCGACGUGUACAGUUUCGGGGUGAUGCUAAUGGAGCUUAUAACGGGGAAGAAACCUGUAGACUCGUGUUUCGGAGAGAACAAGAACAUAGUGAAUUGGGUGUCAACAAAGAUUGACACAAAAGAAGGAUUGAUUGAGACACUAGACAAGAGAUUAUCGGAAUCAUCAAAAGCCGACAUGAUCAAUGCCUUGCGUGUGGCUAUCCGUUGUACGAGCAGAACUCCCACAAUCCGCCCCUCCAUGAACGAAGUUGUCCAGCUUCUGAUUGAUGCAGCGCCUCAAGAGGGACUUGACAUGGCCUCUAAAUCCAGAACCAAGAUUAAGGAUGCAAUAUUAUCUGAUAAUCCUACUCAAACGAGACUUUAGUCAUGCUUUCUUGAUGAAGAGGUGUAGCAACAAUUCCUAUAACUUCUAAACAUACCCAGUAUUUAUCAUAGAUAAAAUUGCCUAUAUUAUCCUUCUAUGUAUUUAACAAAUAUCCUUAAAAGACUUUGGGUUAUUUCCUCUUUUGCUUC